AUGGACGCUCAUUCGAUGCAGAAAGGACAUCGAUGCACAUUUUGCGAUAAGUUAUUUGUCGAUAAAAACAAAAUGAUCCGUCACGAGAGAAUUCACACAGGAGAACGGCCUUUCUCUUGCCUUCAUUGCAAUAUGACUUUCAACCAGAAGAGUUCACUUCACCGCCACGUCAAAGUUCGGCAUUUCGAUCUUCUACAAGGGUUCAAUGUGCAAUUAACAUCUUUCAAGCCCGUGGCGUACUUCAAGGAAGAAGAGGAAGAUGAGUGCAACGGCAUCGCCCCCGUUCAGUUCGUGGAGGCGUACGAAUCGAGUCCAGAACUCCUCAUGAAGCACCAAUGCCCAAUCUGUUUCAGAAAAUUCGCCAACAGACGCAACCAAGAAAAUCACAUCCGCUCCGCACACACGCGAGAGAAACCUUAUAAAUGUUUCUUCUGCGUCAAACGAUUCUGCGCGCCAAAUACCAGAGGCAUGCACAUGCGUAGGCACCAUCCUGAGAGAUGUUUGCCCAUCGGUCAUCCGACGUCCAGGCCCCUCAAGUCUCUACGGAUUUCGAUCGAUUCAGCAUUGGAAAUAAAUGACUCUGAGUGGUUCCACUCACCACCGCCCGAUUGGAGGGGCUGGACUCUGGAACCUCUGGCCCCACCGCUCGAGACCGGGACCAGACGAGUUCAAUGCCAUGUAUGUCGUCGAUGGAUGAGUGGGAAACAAGCUCUUGAAGGUCACAUCAGAUCACGUCAUACGGGGGAAAGACCAUAUCCUUGUACUCUCUGUGGCAAAGCAUUCGCAACCACGCCCGCUCUCCGUCUGCAUGAGCACCGGAACCAUUAA